UAUUUACUAACAUACGGAGUAAUGAUUUUCGACUCACAUAAGAGAUCACCACAUACAAGACUUUAACAUGUACAUCAAAUGAUUGGGCAUACUCAAGUUUGCGCCCACUUAUCUGGCCAAAUCUAAGAGAUAAUAUGACUACAACUGCAACAUUACAACAUGCAAGAAAGUUUAUAGUUGAGGCAAUCAAAGUAGGUCUGCUUAUCAAAAAUCAGAAAGAUUUCCUCACCCUCUGCCCUAAUUGAUUUAGAUUAGCUGGCCAUGUUUCCUAAAAUAGAAGGUACACCACCAGCUUCAUUAAUCUCUACUCUCUCCCCAUUCUAGUACGUAUCCUCAUUCCUCAACGGAUCGUCGUUGUAGUUCUUAUAGGCUGAAAAAAGUAAACAUAGCAUGGCUCGUACAUCAUCUAGUUUUAAAUAAAAGACUGUAAAUAUGCUAUACCGGUUAUACCCCUUGCACAUCAUCUAGGAAGGCGUGGGUUCGGAUUCCAAAGUUGGUAAUUUAACUUUAUCACCCACUUAAAAAUUUAAUAAUAUUCCCUUUCACAUGCUUACUGACUUAAUCACUCACUUAAUCACCUACUUAAAAUAAUUAACCCUUCAUUAUUAUCAUCACCAUUAACAAUCAAAACACACAACUUUGAAAUCAUCAAUGGCGGCAUCAUCUCUCCGUCUCCCCUUUCUUCCUUCGAUCUCUGCUCACCUUCCUCAACACUCCAACAACACACCACCACCUUCCAACCUCCACAUCUCCGGCACACGCAAGCUACGCGCCGCCGUCAUUGGUGGCGGACCCGCCGGAGCUUGCGCCGCCGAAGCGAUGUCCACCGGCGGCGUUGAAACGUUUUUGUUCGAGCGAAACGUUUCGGGUUCGAAACCUUGCGGCGGUGCUAUUCCGCUUUGUAUGCUGGACGAGUUUUCGAUCCCACGCGACAUUGUUGACCGUGAAGUCACGCGCAUGAGAAUCUUCUCUCCUUCGAACCUUUGCGUUGACUUUGGUAAGACUCUUUUGCCGAGUGAGUUUAUUGCUAUGACUCGGCGUGAGGUGCUUGACUCGUUUUUGCGGGCCAAGGCCCAGGCUAGUGGGGCCCGUUUGAUUACUGGGCUUGUUACUAGGUUGGACCUUCCGGCCCAUUUGGAUAGUGGGCCGUAUGUGAUCCAUUACAAUGUGGGCGGGUCGAAGAAGUCUGUUGCCGUUGAUGUUGUCAUUGGUGCAGAUGGGGUCCACAGCCAGGUGGCGAAGUCGAUCGGGGCGGGAAAUUACGAGUAUGCCCUUGCUUUUCAGGAGAGGAUCAAGCUGCCGGAGGAGGAGAUGGAGUAUUAUAGAGAUCUUGCUGAGAUGUACGUGGGUGAUGACGUGUCGCCUGAUUUUUACGGGUGGGUGUUCCCGAAAUGUGACCACGUGGCGGUGGGGACCGGCACGGUUAAGUCCAAGUCGGAUAUUAAGAAGUUCCAACAUGGGAUUCGGGCUCGGGCUGGGCCCAAGAUUCGCGGAGGUCGGGUCUUUAAGGUGGAGGCCCACCCAAUACCGGAACAUCCGAGGCCCGUGCGGGUGCGAGGCCGAGUUGCUCUUGUUGGGGAUGCGGCGGGUUACGUGACCAAGUGUUCGGGCGAGGGGAUAUACUUUGCCGCAAAGUCGGGUCGAAUGUGUGGGCAGGCCGUGGUGGAGGCGUCGGAGGGAGGUACUUACAUGAUUAAUGAACGAGAUUUGAAGAGGGAGUAUUUAAGGAAGUGGGAUGGAGAGUAUAGGAGUACAUUUAGGUUUUUGAAUGUGUUACAAAAGGUAUUUUAUGGGAAUGAUACAAGUAGAGAAGCAUUGGUGGAAUUGUGUGGGGAUGAGUAUGUUCAAAGGAUGACAUUUGAUAGUUACUUGUAUAAGAAAUUAGCAAAGGGAAAUCCUUGGGAAGAUACUAAGAUGGCAAUGAAUACUAUUGGUAGUUUAGUUAGGUGUAAUCACCUAGGGAAAAAAGGAAUGGAACUUUUGUCAAAUGUUUGAUCCUUUGUUUUGUUUUGUUGCAAUGGACAUCCUUUUAGUAAAUCGAACGCAUGAUUUUGUCAUAAAUUUGCCUAACUUGUACUACUUUGGCAAUGAUUUUUAAAUGCUUACAACAGACCAU